AAGCACGAGGGAGGCUUAAUGUCACGUGACACAUCGUGAUAAACUUUAAUCUUCAAAUGAAAUUUGUUGUGUAUUAAAUAUUUGCCAUGGAGUUUCAAUGUCUCCUACUUUUCGUUGCGUUGCCUGAUUUGGCAAACUCAGCCCACACGGCGACAGACGGCUUAUACUUGGGGAUAGGCUACAAUUUAAUCAAGGGGAAUCCCGACGGAGGGGAAUGGGCGAAGCUUGGGCAGGACCCGGGACUACAGCUGACAAGAAACAUUUUGGAGACUGAUAUUGACGGAAACUCCUACAUCAAGAGGACCUCGUACCCUCAGUGUACCCAGAUGUCGUCCACCUCAGUCUUCUACGAUCCGGAGUCCUACAAAGAAUAUCUCCUGCACUACAUAUCGUCCCCCGAUGGGAAUGCACCAAAAUUUUCAUGGUCUGCCUUCUCUGCAAAUCCAUUGUACCAGGACAUCAAACAAAGAACCUUGUCCCAACAUGAUGUCUUCCGGGACGAAAUUACCUCAUGUACAUCUGAGCAUGCGCGAUACGUACAUCCGAUUGUUCCCGUUGAGCGGAACUUGGUUUCCAAUGAGUUUUCUCACGAUGUUUGUAAACUUCCGCUGACGUAUGAUCGGGAUUCCUACCGAAGCUUCUUGGACAGAUGGGGAACGCACGUCACUAUGGAGGUAGACCUGGGUAUACGUAAUGUGUCUAGACACCGGCUGUCUAUUUCAGACCUAGCUACCUACCUACUAGAUUCGGGCCGUGAUGGAGCUGCAGUAUUACAAACAGAGGAUCUCAUGGGGUACGGCUCGGUCAUCAAGUUGAACAUGUCCAACAUUCACCACAGCGACUUCCCUAAACUCCCCCACGGCGCCUCUCUCACCGAGUUCAGCACCGGUGCGCAAGUCCAGGCUCCUAUUUCCUGGACUAUGAUUCCCAUUUCUGACGUCAUGGCGGAAGAAUAUUGGCGAGUGCAAGACAGUCUCGUCGACAGCGGGAUUUGUCGAGAAAUAAACCUGACCGUAUGGAAAAUGAAUUUAGAGAGAGCACUGAUUGAUUACCCUUCACUCAUAGGGGGCGAAGUCCCACCCCCAUUGGAGAUAAAGCUUCCAGUCACUUGGCCUUCUGGAACAUACGGGCUGUACAUGUCAACUUCCGGUUGUCCGACAGACCCAAUAGGAUUUGAAACCGGAUUCGUGACACAAGAUACGGAGGAUCGCAGUAAUUCAAACCAAUGGUCGGGCGGGAUACACAUGACAGGGCCAUUAAAUAAUGACGCCAUCACGACACGUUUCUGUGUGAAGCAGACGACAACCACCACGGAGUACAGCAGACCCUGGCCCAAGGGGAACUACUGCAUCGCCAAGAAGUUUAACUGUCCCUCUGGAUUCAGCACCGGAUAUCUACACUGGGAUGAUGAAGAUGGUAACAACGAGAACAGUCAUGGCGGAAUUCUGCCUGACGGUAGCUACACCACAAACACUGAUAUCUACUACUGCUGCAGACAAGAUGGCCACACGCACUCCCAAAUACUGAUGCCGAUCGACUCGCCAUUUUAUCUUCUGCGAUUCACCAGUGAUUGUCAACAGGUGCUUGGGAUGCAUGUUGCCGAAGAAUUCAUCUUCUUUGAUGACGAGGAUGGGGCGAAUUCGGACAAAUGCGGCGGUGCUCAUCCGUUCGUGGAUUCCGGUUGCAGCCAUGCCAAUAUGAGGCUGCAUUUCUGCUACUAUAGCACAAAACCAAACCAGACCGAAAUAUCUAUUCCCGGAAUACUUGGUUGACACUGAUGUUUUACUAAUGUGUGAAUAAAUCUGAAUCAUUUGAGUGAUUCUAACUGAAUGAUUCCAUAAAUAUUGCAGAAACUUAA